AACUACAGAGACGGGGAAGACGGAAAGAGACACGCGACUAAUCAAAAUCACAGCACAUACUUAAGGGUCUCAACAAUGUACCCGCUUAGUAUUAACCGACUCUUCAAACCCUCUGUCUGCAAAAAUCUACUCAGACACAAGAACGUUCGUCUUUUCUCGUCUACAAGUCACACAAACAGAACGGAUGGUGAGAUGAGCGUUACUUCAAAACUACUAACCCCAAUCGAUUUUUCCUUCUUGUCUACACCGAUCUACCCGUUUCUGUUGAUAGACUACGUUCUUAACCUCCCGGAGUACUCUCCUGAUGGUCGCGUAAUUAGGACAUCCAAAACAGGUGAUCCAGCUCAAGUCCCAAAGACAACGAGCAUCUUGAUUAGGGAUAAGAAACUGGCGGAGGAAGUUCGUCAUGCGAUGACUGUAGGAUUUUCACAUCAUGGAUUGGGAUUCAAGCUUUCUGAAAAUUCCCUAGAUAUACUCAUCGAUGACCAGGAAUCAACACCUUCAUGCGUUCAUCUACCUUCUUUACCUACCGGUUUCCGAAUCCAGAGCCUGGCCAUGUCAUCCUCCUCAAGUGACCUAUAUAAUAGUGAAGACUGGGUCGUUUGUGUCAAGUCCUGGGGAUCUCAGCUGAGUCUCUUUAGGCGCGGUCAUGAGUGGAUUAACAUCCAAACCUCGCCUGAGUUUAUACACCCUUUCUCGAGUCUCAUGUAUUCUAAGAAAGAUCAAAGAUUCUACAUUCCAGCUCCUGGAGGCAAUUACUUGUGCUGCUUGGAUCUCUACUUUAAGGAAGGCGACCAAGCCGAGUUCAUUCCCUUAUUUGAUAUAAUUCCUGAGUCGGUUGGGCCUGAGUUGACCCCGCUAAAUUCCUCUUCCAGGACAGAUCACUGGGUGGAGUCACCCUCCGGUGAACAAUUCCUCGUAAAGUGGUACGGCCACAACUUAAUGCGCAAUCACAACAAAGUGGAAACACUCGUGCACAUGGCAUCACAGUUUAUGGUAUUUAGAGCGGAGGAAUCAUGGGAGGAAAAGUAUGUGUAUUACACAGAAGACAUUGGAGAUCUUUGCAUCUUUCUUGGGCAUAGUGAGGCUUUCUGCAUCCAGGCCAGUUCUUGCCCCGGGCUCAAGCCUAACUGCAUCUAUUUUGUGGGCUAUAAUUUCGGUGUGUAUGAUCUCACCACCAAAACUUGCACUAUCUUCUACACGGAAGAGGACGUUCCAUUAAGGAACUUGGAAUUCCCUUACUGGCCUCCUCCAGUUUCUCUCUACUCAUAAU